CGAAAGUAGUUGUAAAUGGUUAUAUUAUUUCCUCGUGUCAUUUACGUACAAACAAGGUCGAGAGAAAUAUUAUGAGAUGCGCGUGAUUGUCGCGGCUAUAGAUUUUGGAACAACAUAUUCAGGCUGGGCAUUUUCAUUUCGAAGUGAUUAUGAAAAAGAUCCAACAAAAGCCGACGUUAAACACUGGCAUUCCGGUCUAGGAACGGUCAAGACACCUACUUGUUUGCUGGUUAAACCAGAUGGGGUGACUUUGCAAGCGUUUGGCUAUGAUGCAGAAAAUCAAUAUAUGGAAUUAGCAGAUAAAGAUGAACACAAGAAUUACUACUAUUUUAGAAGGUUUAAAAUGCUACUUUUCGGUGCACUUGGGAAGCAUCUUACGAAAGAAAUCAAUGUCACGGAUGAAAUGGGAAAGGAACUUCUGGGUAUAGAUGUGUUUGCAAUGUCUAUCAAAUUCAUGAUCGACGAUUUGAUGGCUGUUGUCAAUCAGCGCCUGACUGGGAUAAUAAUGGAGACUGACAUCCACUGGGUGCUCACAGUGCCAGCGAUAUGGUCUGAUCCUGCAAAACAGUUUAUGAGGCAUGCUGCAGUAAAGGCUGGUAUAGCUACAGAAAGACUGACAAUAGUCCUUGAACCGGAAGCUGCCUCGUUAUAUUGCCAACAUCUUCCUGUAAAUACAGCCGUUACUGAUGAUAGUCUGACGAUAUCCGAAUUCCCGACUGGAUCAAAGUACAUGGUUUUCGAUGCUGGAGGGGGAACGAUUGAUAUAACGGUCCAUGAAGUUCAAAGUCAAUAUACUUUACGAGAAGUCAGAGCUGCAAAUGGAGGUGACUGGGGAGGAAUCAUUGUAGAUAAAGCGUUUGAACACUUUCUCAUUGACCUAGUUGGCGAAACUGUGUUUAAUACUUUCAAACAUUCGGAAACGGUGGAUUGGCUUCAUCUUAGUCGAGAGUUUGAAUUAAAAAAACAAGCAGCUAGAACACAAUCGGAGGGAAACGUAAUCAUGCAUUUUCCUGUGUCGCUUAUUGAUUUAUUUGAGACGGAAAAGGAGAGGAAAAUGAGUAUCAAAGAUGCAAUAGUAGCUUCAAAAUAUAGUAAAACAGUAGACCUGAAAAGAGACAAGUUUCAAAUAUCACAUUCUACCGUAGAAAAGUUAUUUGAAGACUCAAUACAGCAAAUAGUUAAGCACGUACAAAUAUUGAUGAACGAUGAAAGAAUGGCAGACAUCAAAGUCAUACUUAUGGUGGGUGGAUACUCAGAGUCUGCUUUAUUGCAACGUGCAAUCAAAUCAGCACUUCCAGGAAUCCAUAUUGUGAUUCCACAAGAGGCGUCAUCUGCUGUGUUGAGGGGAGCCUUGAUUUUUGGUCACAAUCCUAUGACAGUAACCGAGAGAAUACUUAAAUAUACAUAUGGUACAGGUGUGGCUAAGCCAUUUGUGGAUGGAAUACAUCCAGAGAGCAAACGUAGGAAGACUGAUGCAGGUGACCGCUGUAAGGACAUUUUGGACAAACUGAUAGAAAAGGGAUUGAGAGUGACGCCAGGUGAAACACAAGUUAAAGAAUAUUAUUACACUUCUAACAAGAAACAAAGUGGUAUGUUUUUUAAUAUCUUCAUUUCUGAAGAGAAAAACCCUACAUUUGUAGAUGACAAAGGAUGUACCAAACUCGGAACAAUAAAAAUAUACUUUGAAGAACCAGACGUUUACCUGGACGUAAAGUCAAUCUAACAAUGAUUCUUGGUGGUACAGAAAUCAUUGUAGAAUUAGAAGAUGAAAAGACUGGAAACAAAGUAAUAAAUACAGCUGAGUUUUGGGGCUGAAUGACAGUCAGUGACAAUUUCCAUAAAACACAUAUUAUUUUUGAUUGACACGUUGGUGUCAAUAUGUUCAUAACACAGUUUGGUUUAAUUCUUGUUAUAUAUCAAUGUUUCCAUUGUAACACCCCUUUAACAGAUCGCAUUAGACAUAAGCGAUUAUCAGUUUAUCAUUCAAAACCGGUCUGUGGUGAAUAACCAGAUGCCUUCUUGAAAUUGAUACAGACGAAUGGAUUUGAGCUGUCUAACGAUAAAUCACAUAAUUCGUAGGUCACAUCUAAGCAAAGAUUAUUCCAUAUUGUGACUGACAUUUGUAGAAGAUGGAGGAAAGUUUGCUUUUAUAAAAGGUUAAGCACUGAAUAUCUUUAAUGAGGUACAGCUGGGUGUUCCAUAAUGUAGGCUCGUUGAAUAUCGUCAAAGUAUAUGGUCAGAUUGUUCAUUCCAUUAAACUAAAGUAUAGACAUUCCAUACUUGCAAAUGGCAUACUCUUGUAAAACAUUCACCAGUAAUCUAAAUAGUGAAAAUCGAUACAUACGUUACUGAUCCCAAUUGAUAAAAUGUAUGUUGAAUGGUCUCUGGUAAUCUAAUUGCCCACUGUAUAUUGUAAUAAUGUAGUAUAUAUUUCAGCAGAUGUCGACAGGAGUCAGUAGAAAAAUAAUUCUGCAUUAUUUACAUAUCUUAGCACAUGUCAAGUGUCUGACCACAGUUAAUUAAUACAUUCGUAACCAUCCUUAAUUAUAAGGCAUAAAAAUGAAAAUUUCGUCAACAGUAUAUUUUUCGACUAUAUGGCAGAGGUCAAUCUUGACUGCGAAUGAAAAACCAUCAUAUAGUUAGACAGUAUAAAGAUUUAUGUAUUAUAUAAAGAAGUUCUUUUGAUCUUACUCUAGGGUAAGAAAUGGGUUGAUACAUACGUUACAGGUAAUUUAAAAAGACCUAUAAAAUAUUAACAGUCUAAGAAACUUCUUUUACUGGAAGGCGAAUUACUUUCUUAAACCGAAUAUUUUUUAUUUUACAAACAACGUAAGAGACAAACAGUAUAUAGUUAUAGUUAUCAAAAAGAUACUUACGCGACCGAUAAAAACGAUACUAAAUACAUUAAAACAUUUUAAUGUCCUCCUCCUUGUCUAUCGUUUCAUUGUCUUGCGUUGUUUUGAUGGCCGUUAUUCAAAAAUAACAAUAAAAACCUGCCUUGAUAAUCCUGAAUGUGAUUAGAUUUGAUUGAAAUCUUCUUACUGACAUGAAUGAGAGAUAUUUGUUACAUAUUUUAAUGACAACAUUUUCCUAGUGGUUCUAUUUGUUGCAAGCAUUCUCUUGUCGUGUGUUCUUUUCUUUCAAAUAUGCACUGUUGAAUACAUGCGGAUGUCUCAAAUAGGAAGAAAAUGUAAGGACACAUACGUAAUAACUGUUAACAUAUGUAAUGCUGUUUUCCAAUGCUCACAAUUUUGUUUCUGAAUAGCUUUUGUGUUUGCCACUGUUAUUAUGUUACAGAUUAAAACAAUUUUGUAGUAAUAAUAGAGGAACACAUUUGCUAAUGAAUAUCCGACCACCAAUGCUAUUUCAAAUGUUAUCAGUAUACUCUGCAUUUUGUACUUAAUUAUUGUUAAACAUUUUUCUAAUGCAUUAUUUGUGAAUACAUUAAGCAUACAGUUUUAGAAAAUGAAGAAAAAGUGAUGGUCCUUUUUCUUUCAACAUGUUUCCUCGGUAACAUAUGUAUCGAUACUUACGUUCUUUGCUUUUACAGUUCUAAUAUUACUUUUUACAGCAUUGCACAUGUAUAUCUUGAUUUUAUAUCCAUUCUUUUUUAUCAUUAAUCACUUAAAAUGUAUCAUUUUGAUAAAACAAAUGCCUCAAGUUAACAAACAUUGAAAUUCAUAAAGAAGUUAUUUUAACAAAAAAGAAGAAGGUAAAAUUAACAAACAUGCUAUUUUCCUAGUUGCAAACAGAUGUUGUAUUUUUAUAGAAAUUAUUAACCAGAUAUUUUUUGUGAAUUUUCUUCAUACCAUACUAUCACAUUUGUGCCCAUAUUUAGUACUGUGAUGAAUGUAAAAGGUAAAAAUUUACUGCAUAUUUUACAAAGACAAAAAUUCGAAAUCAAAAAUGCCAGUAAAUAUUUAUAAAAUAGAAGUUAAAAAUACUUACUAUGCAUAUUAUUCAAAGGAGUUGAGACAUCUGUUAAGAAGAGUUUCAUUAAUUUGUGAUAAACUGAAGGGUGUUUUGCGGAAAGUAAAAUUUCAAUGGCUUUAUAGCCACAAUUUUUAAUGAUGCGAGAUAGGUUACUCAGAUAAAAGAUAUGCAUAGAUGUAAAUAAGCAGUGAAGGUGACAAAGAAGCAGAAUGUGAAAUAAACUUUAUUUCUCAAGUAAUGAAGCCCGACGAAUAGUUUUAUAAUGAUCAUAUUUUGAUAAACAACACUCUAGUCAUUUGUGUAAAAAAAGUUGCUUAAUUUUAAAACCAAAACGUCUAUUCAGGAAUUCUGAACCGAAUAAUGCAUAAUACGAAAGAACAGAUAUGCAACUAAGGAAUGAUGUAUCUACAAUAUCUACAAACGAGUGCACCAUCCUUUGUCAAACUGUUAAUUUACUAAUAGUUUUCCAAUACAUACUUUACGUCAUAGCAUUUUAUAAUUUACUUUAAAAUGUGUAUUUGCAUAACGAUUGUUUGUUUUUUUGAGCUUAGUAAAUAGUUAUUUGUAAAGUAAAUGAAAGUCGGAUACUUCUUUGCAGAAAUUGAUGUA